AUGGCGUCCCUGUUCGUUGCUGUGUCCAUCUAUCUCGGUUUAUCGUUUGCCUUCUACCAACGCACAGCUUACGACGUAUACAUUGGCUGGUAUGUGGUUGCUGUUAUGGAAGUUGGGGUCAACCUGAUCCUUGCAGCGCAGUGGAAAGCCAUGUCCUUUGAGAAGACACAUCUCAUCGAGAGGCUGACUUGUUUGACCUUGAUUAUCCUCGGCGAAGGAAUUAUUGGUCUGACCAAGACGAUUAUCGAGAUUGAAAGCUUUGACCUCAAAUUCACAUCGGCGGAUAUUGGUUCUAUCAUAUCAGCAGUAUUAGUUAUUUACCUUGUGUAUCAACUAUAUUUUGAUAAUGUCCGCAUGGAACCAUUUGGUUCCGUCCACCAGCAGUUGUGGUCUUUACUCCACUUCCCUUUCCAUCUAGUCCUUGCUCUGAUGAUGGAAGGGACAAAUCAGAUCCUAUCAUGCGCUCAUGUUGUUAAAGACCUUUUCAACUUGUCGGACCUUUUCCAGGCGGAUCUCUCACCACAAGAUAGACUCAUUACGCUGAAUCACACAGUCCAUACCAUCUAUGAGAGAUUUCCUUCCACAGAGGCUGUGAUUAGAGAGGUUGAAGAGUCCUUAGACGCUCUUUUGGAGCCUACUGCCAACACUACGCAGGAGGAGACGCAAGCAGACUUCCAACUCGUGGUAAAGCAAAUGGUCAAAACGGUCAUUGAAGGGUACGGCUGGGAACCUCCAGAGGAAGUCGCCGAGGGCGACUUUGCGGGAUACGGAGACUCAAUUGUAUCAAUCUUCAACCUUACUUUUGUCUUGACCGAUGCAGCGGGGAAUCUAGGCACAACACCCUAG